CCGCCAUCUUGGUAGAACCGAAACAAUAGGACGGAAGCGUUGCCGGACUGGGCCGGAGCCGCAGAGCGUUCUGGCCGGACUGAGAGACUCGCAGACAGACUACAAGACUUCAAAUAGAGGACACGCUGGCCGCUGGAUCCCGCUGCCUCCCCCUUCUCCCCGCUGCCUGCGUCCGGAGGAUGAGCCCAGCCUUUAGGGCCAUGGACGUGGAGCUCCGCGCCAAGGGCGUCUUGCUGGAGCCCUUUGUCCACCAGGUCGGGGGCCACUCCUGUGUGCUCCGCUUCAACGAGACGACCCUGUGCAAGCCCCUGAUCCCGAGGGAGCACCAGUUCUAUGAGACCCUCCCAGCCGAGAUGCGCAAGUUCACUCCCCAGUACAAAGGUGUGGUGUCUGUGCGCUUUGAAGAAGAUGAAGAUAGGAAUUUGUGUUUAAUAGCCUAUCCAUUAAAGGGGGACCACGGAACUGUGGACAACGUAGACAGUUCAGACUGUGAACCAAAAACUAAGCUCUUGAGAUGGGCAAGCAAAAAACAUCAUGUCACAGAAACGGAAAAGACUUCCAAGGACUGGGUGCGCCAGCACCGGAAGGAGGAGAAGAUGAAGAGCCAUAAGUUAGAAGAAGAAUUUGAGUGGUUAAAGAAAUCUGAAGUCCUGUACUACAGUGUGGAGAAGAAGGGGAGCGCGAGCUCCCAGCUUAAGCACUACAACCCUUGGAGCAUGAAGUGUCACCAGCAGCAGUUACAGCGGAUGAAGGAGAAUGCGAAGCAUCGGAACCAGUACAAAUUUAUUUUACUGGAAAACCUGACCUCUCGCUAUGAGGUGCCCUGUGUCCUGGACCUCAAGAUGGGCACACGCCAGCAUGGUGACGAUGCUUCGGAGGAGAAGGCAGCCAACCAGAUCCGCAAAUGUCAGCAGAGCACGUCAGCAGUCAUCGGGGUGCGCGUGUGUGGCAUGCAGGUGUACCAGGCAGGCAGUGGGCAGCUGAUGUUCAUGAACAAGUACCAUGGGCGGAAACUGUCAGUGCAGGGCUUUAAGGAGGCGCUGUUCCAGUUCUUCCACAACGGGCGGUACCUGCGCCGAGAGCUGCUGGGCCCUGUCAUCAAGAAGCUGACUGAGCUCAAGGCGAUACUGGAGCGGCAGGAGUCCUACCGCUUCUACUCGAGCUCCCUGCUGCUCAUCUAUGACGGCAAGGAGCGGCCAGAGGUGGCCCUGGACUCGGAUGCUGAGGACUUGGAGGACCUGUCCGAGGAGUCGGCCGACGAGUCUGCCGGCGCCUAUGCCUACAAGCCUAUCGGCCCCAGCUCAGUAGAUGUGCGCAUGAUUGACUUUGCACACACCACCUGCAGGCUAUACGGUGAAGACAGCGUGGUGCACGAGGGCCAGGAUGCUGGUUAUAUCUUUGGACUCCAGAGCCUGAUAGACUUCGUCACAGAAAUCAGUGAGGAGAGUGGAGAGUGAGCUUGCCGACUGCUCUGGCCCCUAAAAGGCUCUUUGUGUCCCAGGCACAGCUGUGCUGCGUCGGGGAGGAACGGAGGAGGCCGGGAUGGCCAGGCAGUUGCCCCUGCAGCCUGGAGCUGACCCACAGAGGCGUCUGUGAGCCCUGGCCUGAGCCAGCCCCAGCCGCCCUCAGAGUCUUUAUUUAUUUUAACUGUUUCUUCAACAUUCCACAUUUGAUGAUGCAGAUACCUCUCUCUCUCUUCCUGAGUGUAAACGUUCCAAUACAGAUCUUUUUGUUAAUUGUA